GCCAAGUUGAACCUGCAGUUCCUAUUUUUCCCUACCAGUACGCCACCCACUAGACUGCUCUGUUUGAUCAGAUAAGCCCAAGAAGAACAUUUUCUUUGCCAUACGACGCAGUUUUCUGAAGCACUAGAAGACGAAUACACAAAGACUUCGUCACAACUUUGUACGCGUUUAGCAUAAUCACUCAGCAGUACUGGAUCUGGAUCCGACAAAGAUAUAAACAUGGCGAUCAACCUGGACAAGGCGUCCCAGCUGUACGCGCAGUCGAUGGAGCUGCCCAUCCCACUCAACACCGCCGCCACGAACGUGAUCGACCACGUCGACCAACUGAAAAUCAGCAAGGUCCAGCAAAUCUCCACGAAGCAGCCCAACCCCUCCCUGGUCCACCUGACCAAGGUUCCCUUCGAGAACUGGCAGGCGUGGCGGGAGAAAAACCACGACGACCGAGUAUUACAAUGAAAAAUGCCCCCACCCCAGAACUUGGCAAGUUUGUCUUGCAAACCUUUCCACUAGAAACAUUCCCCGUCUUGCAUAUAUCAGCAUCACAAAUUUUAAAUGCGGAACAUCUAAAAUUUGUGUUGCGCAAGAGCCCAGCAACAGCCGGGCCUGUCAUAUGAAAGACGCCUUACUCGCCUAUAUUCUGCAUCAGAAAGAUUCAUAGUCCUUUCAUGCAAGACAAAAAGUCUUCAUUUGGAGACUUUGCAUCGCAAAUUUUUGAAGCAUUCGGGGUGGGGGCAUUUUUUCUUUUGAUACCGAAAAAUCCGGUUUUUCAUCCGGUCCGUGAUGGGCCGGUGCGUGCCGAUCGAGUGCGAGCCGUGGAAAACCGUCGGGGACCUGAAACAACUGAUCUUUGAAGCGGAAGACAUCCCGAAGCACUUGAUCCGACUGCGGACAAAACAGGGGUUGGACCUGGAAAAAGACAACCACGUGCUGGACAAGGACUGCGGGUUUACCUUCGAGAAGGCAAAGGGGGACCCAAACAACGUCACGCUGCGCUGCAUCUGCAGGGAGAGCGUGAUGUGGAGGUGAGCACGGAGGUGUUGAAGCAGACGAGAGCGACCGAAAUAAGUUGUAGCAUUUUGAGACUUGAUGUUGUUGCAAAAGUUGUGACGUCGACUCGAUUUGCAACUUCUAGGACCCGUAGCACCAGCACAAAGUAGAAGGAUUAAAACGCUCUCCUGCCAGCACUCUGAAAUUCUCAAAAGCAUUCAGCGCCAGUGGUGUCACUUCUCUCUGUGAAAACGUCGACCACGAUGAAUGCGUUCAUCUUGAGGUUUUAGACGCUUCAAAAAAUGCACCUUUUUUGACACACAUCUCCGGGCGAUGGUCAACAUGAUAUAUAACUACGAAAAUGCAAUGUUAUCUAGACAUCAAGUAGCCCUUGUUGAUCUUUUUGAUGCCUACCCAAACUACGUGACCAGUGUCACCAGCAUACUGUCGCUAUAGCUUUUUUCAGCUGCUUUUGAAUAUCUCUACCACGUCCUGUCUGGAUAAAAGCCGAGUGAUCGAACAUGAUCGGCUUCUCGGGGCAGCCAAAAGCGGCUUCUCGUCGUGGCUUGUUCCUCUCCUGACCAACGGUCGGGCGUUACUAGUACGAGAAAGGUGAUCCUAGUAAUUCAGCGUGCGUCGUUCUCACGUAAUAAGUACUACAAGUACGAGACAAUGCAAGUUCUAUGCGUCGGGUGAAGUUUACUCGGCACACCGCUGUACUGGUGGUUGUGGUGGAGCUCAGCCACUAUGAACGAC